CAAAUUCUCAUAGUUUUGACAGUUUUCUGACCGUCAAGCUAAUAAAGUAUGAAUUGCCUACAUUUCCAUUUAGUAAGCAGAAUUUCGGCAAAUCAAUUUAGAAAUGCAUGGAACAGAAACUUUAGUAUGGCGCUUAAUUGCUUUAAACCCACCACCGCUAAGCCGCGUAACAACUGGCCUACAUUUCAGUUUCAUCCUCGCAGCGUACAAUUUCACUUGUCCCACACAGCAUUUGAAAUUAUCACUGUAAAUGCACCAGAAUUUCCCGAUUCAGUUUCAGAUGGAGACUUAAGAUGGAAGAAGAAGGUUGGUGAUGCCGUAACUUCCGAUGAAGUAAUUGGUGAAAUAGAGACGGAUAAGGUUGCGUUACCAAUUCCCGCUCCGAGUGCUGGUGUCAUUAAGGAGCUACUUCAGCCGGAUGGUGCCGUUGUCCAAACGAAAGUUCCAGUGUGUACCAUCGAAACUAAAUAAUCUUAUUAUUGUACCAUUUCUUUUUUUACGGUUUUAAGUGCAAUAAACUAGGUAAAAGGAUGCCUUAAAGAACUCGUGGGUGCAAAGAAACUGUACACGUCCAUCACUCAUCAGCGCAUCUCCACAGUGAAAAUGAAAAAAAAAAACUCACCCUCUAUA